AUGGAGGUGGUGGUAGGAGACGAAGACGCGUCGAGGACUCUGGCUGAGGCCGACGCGUCGCGGUUCCGAAAGGCACGUGCAGACGCGUCGAGUCAUACUGAGUCCGAGCACCGCUUCCGCGUUUCUCCGGCCCAGCUUCCGUGUCGCGUCCUGCGUCUCGACUUGCUCCCAACCGCCACAAAGUCUUCUCUCUCUCCUCGCGCUCUCCCGGUCACGGUGCGCCGAUUGGCACACGAAACAACGCACUUGUCUGCACUUGCUACGACUGGUGCAGGAUGUUCGCCAUCCAAUACUCCUUCCAGCACCUGA